UCGGGAGGGAGGUUGGAGGCACUCAUACAAGCGAGGGAGAGGCUGUGUCGGCGCUGCCAGCCAGUUUACCGUUGCGAGGCGCGUAGUGCGGCCGGACGCUGGACCGCCACCCGCGCGCCGCCGGCACCCCGAAGCUCUCCGCAGCCGACACCCUGGACUGUCUCGGGAUCCACCACCCUGUGCUCCCCCACGCGAACCCUACUCGCGUUCGCUUGCUUACAGACUAAGUGCUACGACUCGUGCUUAUUUCACUGGAGUGUUAAUCCGAUUUCAGAAUUUUUAUUGGAUCGCUUCAUCAUAGACGAAGAUAUAAACACGUCAGGUGUCACAUCACACUCAAAAGAUUGACUUCACUCCUGGACUUCAAACUUCAAAACAUCAUGGAUGUGGUCGAUUGCAUUAUCUCUGUCAAGAGCCUGACUAAUUAAGUUCUCAACCAUCAAGGAUUAGGGUUGGGGUGAAUAAUGGGAAAAAGGAACGUACGGAUCAAGUUCGCACACUCGAUUGGUCCGCCGAUUGACUCGAGCACGUUGGGCACGUCCGAGUAGCACCCCAGCCCGCGCCCCGCGCCCCGCACUCCUGCACUCUCAGUUACCGACGCUCUAGCGACUGCCAAUAAAGUACAAGUCAUACCGGGUUAUUCACUUAUUUAAAUUUAGAUAUAUUUAUUGUAGUACAAAGAUAAACUGAACACAAACGUUACGAGCUUGAUGUAGCAAAACUGACACGAGAACAAACCGAGUAGUCGUCCUCGGUUGUAAAUGAAACGGUAGUCAUGACGGCCACUGCCCCAGAACUGUCAAAGUCGGAUUUCUUUGAUUUCGUGACGUCCAACGAGGUUACUGAUGCCCAGUACAAACAACAGAUGCGUUCUGUUAAUGUGUUCAUGGAAUCACCCGACUCGAGGUCGAACCCACUGCUCUCAGAAGAGCCCAAAGAACAGAAUAAUAACAGUUUACUCAGCGUGAGCGGCGCGCAGGUCGGUGCCAGUGGCAUGGCCACAGCCACCACUUCCACUACGCUGCAGAGUUUUGACUCUAUUUGGAACGUGGACCGCGAGCGCGACCGCUUAGACAAUACCAUGUUGGAGGAUCUCAACAAGUUUUACUGGAACCAGGAAAACGAUAUUAAUGGCACGCAUCCCUGCGCGGACACGGCUAUUUCUAAUAAAUUAAUAAACAACACGGACGGACAAAUAUAUACAUUGACGGUAUUAAAUCAUGACAUGACGGAGACCAGUUCGAACCGAUACUGGGCUAAAGAAGAGGAUGUGUCUAUGUCUAGUCCUACAGACAUAGAAACACACAAUUCACUUGAUCUCGAAUCUAUAUUGAAUAUGAAUGGCUUUCCUAAUGACUUUAACCAAGAUUUACCUAAAGUUGAAGGUUUUACAUACGAAGAUGGUGAUUCAGAAAGUCAACAUGCCGAUUUGAGUACUAGUGAUUUAGUAAAAGUAGAACCCUAUAGUUAUGAAGAAGGAGAUUUCCAGAGUAGUGACAAAAAAGAAGAGUCGCAUAGUUCAUCCUUACUCGUAACACCAGCCUUAUUAGAAAGUCAAGUAGAAUUUAAUAACAAUAACAAUGAUUGGAAAAUAACGGAUCAAAACACAGAAUCGAAUGAAUCUUUGCUCCGGAGCGCAUUACAAGGAAAGGCCUUUAUUAGAUAUAGCACUAUACAAAAAAAUCCUGUAAAAGUCGAGGUUACUAAUGAACUGAAAAGAGUUAUUACUACAAAUAAUAACAAGCCUGAUGUUCCAUCAAUGUACCAAGACAGCAAGGACGAACUAUUGAUGCAAAUAUCUCCGCAAAAUCGAUUGAAUAUAUCAAUACUAUUAGAAGACCCUAAUAGUAACUCCAUCGUGUCUAAUGGAGAAAACCCUUCUUCUACGCAGAGUGUAGACGACAUUUUACUGUCGCGGCUCGAUACUAACUACCCGGAAGACUACGAAAAGUUAAAAAGGAUAGCAACGGAACUUGGGGAAUCUAUGCAACCGUUUUGUACCGUGGAACCUAUUGACCCGACGCGAAGUGUUUAUAAUAUUCAUCACGUCAACGGUGAAUUAGUGACCAUGAUUCCUGCCGGAGAGGUUCAACUGAACCAACAUCUGCAAAUAGUAACAGCCUCGCCAACUGUUACUAGCACAAAGCCAGGCAACAGAAGAUACAAGAAGCCACAGAACAAGAACCCAGCGCCGACGACGCAAGCGCAGUCAGGUACUGCUAUCCAGGCGGCAACCUCUACAUCGAAUGGAGUUAGAAAAGAGAGAUCUCUUCACUAUUGUUCCAUUUGUUCAAAGGGGUUCAAGGACAAGUACUCAGUGAACGUGCAUGUGCGGACGCACACGGGCGAGAAGCCCUUCACGUGUUCUUUGUGUGGCAAGAGCUUCAGACAGAAGGCGCACCUUGCCAAGCACUACCAGACGCACAUCGCGCAGAAGAGCGCCGCCGCCAACGGCGCCGUCAAGCCCAACAAGCAGAGGUAACGCGCGCCUGCGCCUCCUUGCACUCCGCUCACACCCCAUUGAUAGUCAAUUGAACUUUAUCAUGGUGAUAUAUAAACAAAUGUAUUUUCUUAUAAUCGAUACUUAAAGGCUGAAAAUAUCACAGAUGAAUUUGGUAAGGUGCUAAUAACGUAAUAAUUUAUAGAGAAAUAAGACAGUUACGAAAGAGAGAUGUGAAGGUUCUCGGCCGUUAAUCUUAUUUGUUAAUUUGUAUGUAAUGCCGCCCGUUACCGUAGACAUUUUAGCUUUAGCUAAGAACAGAUAGAUACUUUUAAGUGUUUUACAAGAUUAUAAAAUAUAGAAUUGACUUACAUUCCAUAUUUAUUAGUCAUAAAUACUAGUUUAUGUACGUUAGAAGUCAUAUCUUUAAACAACAUUUGUGCAUUUUGGUGUAGGUAGGUAGAUAUCAGACACUAACUAUUAGUAAUGUGGCCCAUAAGUAAUAGUAUUUGUUUAAGUAGUGGAUUAUCGAAAUUUGAAGACGUGUCGCGGGGUACAUCAGAUAGCAGUGAACAAUGAUGAGCACCGCUGGUGUUAGUGGUCGCCGCAGCGCUAGCGCCGCAGUAAUUUCUCCCGCUGUGCGACCGACUGAACUUUCUAAAAUAAAAAUAAAAAGACUAAAAGAACGAGUAUUCAGAACCCAGCAUCUUUCACCGCUCAACUAUCGCAUCUCUUCACUGUGCUCCUCUUGGUUUGAACAGUGAUUUUAUUUUUUCGAACGUGGCCACACUAUUAUUUUUCGACAUUUCUAUUUACUUAGUAAGUCUGCGAUGUUUCCGAUAACGCUUGGUACAAAAAGUUGAAUACUUGCGCUAUUAUUAUAAUGUACUGUUCAUAAAUUGGAACGUAAUAGCUUGUUCGGGACGGGAGGGACCAUUAUUCGAGUGUCCAUAUCGGACGACGCGACCGACGACGCAGUGAACGGUUUCUCAUUCCCAAUAUUACAUCUUUCGCCUCAUACUGGGAGAGGCCUGAUUGCCCUUAGAUUGCUAUAAAUUAUAAAUACAAGUGGUGUUUCAAUCGCGGUCUUUAAAAUGUGCUCCCUUUCUCGUCUAACAAAUUGGCCUUUCUUUGUUCCGUCUGUGUUUAUAACACAGGGCCGCGCCCUGUUAUUAUUUAUACGUGCGCAGCGCCACUGACCAGUACCUAGGUACCCUCUUAGACAUUGUUUACCUCGGACGCCUAUGUAAGCACUCGUUUUAUGUCUUUCCAUUAUUAGUUACCAGUUAUUAGCCAUGAAACAGUUAUCUCGAGUAUGAAAGUGCAUGAAAGUACCGUGCAUGCCUACCUUCCACUUAGUGAAAGUAAUUACCUAAUACGAGUAUAGACAUCAUUCUAAUCUGUUUUACUGACAUUUUCAGAUACCUUUCUAUGCAGUCAGGUGUUCUGAUGUCACUUUGUGUGCUCUGGCCAUUUGUAAAUAAUGUCUUGAAAUAACUGUAUUUCGUUUUUCAUUUCAAAAUCAGCCUCUUUCAUUCCAAUAGCACUACAAUAUAAUAGACACCCAAAGUUUUGUGAAAGCACUUUCUUUUUCCAUUGAAAACAAAAGAAAAAAAGCAAUAACCUCCUGUCAUUUGAUUCUAUAAUUUGCAAAAUACAUUCUGACAAUGGGAGGCAAUGUGCUCAAUUAACAUUAUUAUCAUCAUCUGAUUACCAUGAUGGUUCAGUAUCAUAACGAAAAUUAGCAUGAAUUGGCUGGUACUGAGACGUGGAAUGAUAUAAUCGACAUUAGUGAAGUCGUUGCAUAAAUGUAGUCCAUUAUUAUACAGAUUGUUGCUCUAUUUUGUUUGUACUUGUCAGUGCGCUUAUAUACUCGAGCCUUUAUACCCGAUCGUUAUUAUUUAAAAAUACUUUAGUAUUCUGUGUGCCUUGAUUACUAGCCGGUUUACCAAUGCAGGACAAUAAAUACGUUAAUAGGCUAUAUCAUGCAGUGUCUAUUACAAUAGUUCAAUUAUGUACCGUGAUUGAAAUUGAACCACCGGAAUUAAGGUCAAGUUAUAAUAUUUCGGCCUCCGCACGUCAGGCGCGCGGUAUCACACACAAUGUCAUUGCAGCACGACCUAGUCAUUUUUUCCAUUAAACUAUUCCAUUAAGCCUCUUUUGAAGCCAAUUUAGCUCGACCUGAACUGUUCUCAGGCUAAUUUGUGAACUGAAAGUGUACAACUCAGAUUAUAAUUACAGGUUUUCACUGAGCAGAACCUGACUGAAGUUCACUUUAUACUAAUUAAACUUAUUUCGUUGGUUGGUCCUCCCAUCCCGAGUAAAAAGCUAUAUAAAAUAGUAGAAUAUCUACCUACCUACGUGUAUACCGAUUUGUUAAUUUUAGAUACCAUUCUAGUAGCUUUGAUACUGGCAACUGUAAUUAUGUUUACACUAACCCGGAUACUACGGAGUCAAACAGACCUUUAAAAUGAACUAACAAUUUCUGAAACCGUGUUAUUAAAUAGGAAAACAUUAAUAAAACAAUAUUGUAAAUCAACAAAUUAAUUAGACUCCACAGUUUUAUUAAAAGAUUUAUAGAUGCAGAUAGGAAUAUCGAAUCAAUGUAUUUCAUAUUCUAUUAAAUUACGAUUUAUUUGUACCGUUUACCCAUAUCAUAUUUCUUAGUAUUAUCCGUCACUAGAAUCAGUUUACAUGUCUGUUAACAUCUCUCCCGCACUGUUUUGGAACUGGAUUAGUUUU